GACUACUACACCAGGAGAGACUAAACUUUUAGCCUCUGAAAUCUAUGACAUCCUUCAGUCUUCCAGCAUGUCAGAUAUGGACAAUGUAAAUGAGAUGAAUUACCAUCGGCGGAAAGCUCAGUUUUUCCUGGGCAGCACAAAUAAACGUGCCAAAACAGUGGUUUUACAUAUAGAUGGCCUUGAUGAUUCGUCUCGAAGGAAUCUUUGUGAAGAAGCCUUGUUGAAAAUUAAAGGAGUUAUUAGUUUUACUUUUCAAAUGGCAGUUCAAAGAUGUGUGGUCCGAAUUCGCUCAGACUUAAAAGCAGAGGCUUUGGCAACGGCAAUAGCAUCAACCAAAGUUAUGAAAGCACAACAAGUUGUGAAAAGUGAAAGUGGAGAGGAGAUGCUGGUUCCAUUCCAAGAUACUCUAGUAGAAGUAGAACAGAAUACAGAGCUACCUGAAUAUUUGCCAGAGGAUGAAAGCCCAACAAAGGAACAAGAUAAAGCAGUGUCUCGUGUUGGGUCACACCCAGAAGGUGCAGCCAGCUGGCUCAGCACAGCAGCAAACUUUCUAUCAAGGUCUUUCUACUGGUGACUUGCAUCUGGGGUUUAAGGACUGUAUGAACCAACAGGGGGCCAGUUUUCCAUUGGUGUGGUGAACUGCCAAGUGCAAUUUGCAAUAAAUUAUCACAAAAAGAUUUUAGAUUACACAAAUGUAUGCUGCAUUUACCUUUUAUUGGACAUUUAGCCUGUUAGGCGGGUCAGAGGACAGAGGCCUCGAAUCAAGUUGCUGUUUUGUUUUUCAUGUAUAUUUUAUUGCCUCACUUUUUAAAAAUGGGUCCACUAUUAAAAACCAAACAUUUAUUCAUAUGGAGCUUUAAGUCUGACUUCAUGAAGCACGUGAUAGGGAAAACCCAUUCAACUCAAGUCUCAGGACUAAUGGAAGGAAAUUCUUGUUGGUUCUAGUAGUGCAUGAAGCAACAUGCCUUUUUUUUGUUUGUUUGUUUUGCCUUAAUUCAAAUUAAAAUUAUUUCUUUUGACUCCAGGAGAAAAAGCAUACCCUGCCUUUAUUUUUUUAUUUUUGCCAACCAUGUUCACAGGAAAAAAAAGUUAUAUUCCCUUUUUGCUCUUCAAAUAGAAUGCUACAUACUUGAAAUUUAUAACCUCUUAUGAACAUUGAAAUAUUUUCCAUUUCUUAACCACUGGAGUGUUAUGUGAGUUAUGAAAUAAGAGGUUAAAUGAACAGAAAGAAGUAUACUUAUGUUGUACAGUAAAUAAGCUGUUGUAAAAAAUACUUAUAAUAAUGGGUGUGACUGGCUGUACAUAGUAAUUGGAUACCACUGACUGCUGUUUAGGCUGAUUAAAAAGAUUGUAGUCCUAAAGCUAUGGUUUAACCUAGUGAUGGCUCAUUGCAGUUUUGUCUGCAGUGGAUGAUGGGAUGUGGGCUUUACUUGGUUAUUGCAAAACGUCCACAUAAUGGUACUUGAAAAAUAAAGCAAAGAUGAAUGCCUCUUAUGCCACAGUGCUACUCACAAAUUUCAACCUUUUAAACUUUUCUUUUGCUUGGUAGAAAUCUGAUCUGUAGUUAUUGUUUCCUCCCAUAGCUUUUCAUGAUACUGCCAUGAAAGCAUACUAACCUGGAUAGAACAAAACCAUACCUGAACAAUUGGCUUUACCUUGUUGUUUUUGGACAGUAUAUGUUUGAAGGUGUCCUGGUCAUUGCAUUUUGUUUCAUUUGUGACCAGAAAUGAUAACAAAAGUAAAACUUUUGUAGAUAGAAUCUAAGAAAGUAGAUACUGGAGAUGCUGGUAAGCGUUUUAUACUUGUGAGGGUUCCAGACACUGUUCUGAAUACUACAGUGCUGCCUUGUUACACCGCAGGAAUACAGCUGAGAAACAGUAAUGCUGUUAUAAAACUAACUAUAAAAUGCUUUACUUGUGGUGACAUCCAUGUUAUAAUAUUGGGUACAUUUACGACUUGGAGAUGGACAAAAAUUUAAUCCAUGAAGGUUAUUCCCCUGUACUAUGAGUGAGGAAUAAAAAGCAUCCACAGGCUUCAUACUAAUGUAACAAUGCUGAGGGGGGAAAAAAACAAUAGUGUAAAAUAGUAAAAACAGUCAGAGUUGACCCACUCAAGGUCAGUGUCAUUCUGGGACAAAAAGCUUACUUGCAAACUAGAUGUGUCUUAUGUUUUUUCUAUAUAUCUAGUUUAUUUUGAUUCAAGUUUACACGCACAGAUUGCAAAUACAAGCUUUCCAGAGCAUGUAUUGCUUUAAAUAUGUAAUACUACUCAUAUUGCUGUCUAGAAUGUUACAGUACCAAAUGUAUUUGAAAAGCCCUCCAUACUGUAGUCAUGAAUGCAACGUUUACUUUUCUUCAUUAACAUCUGUGUUUGCUUUACUGCACAUCUGUUUACUAAAGGACUACACCCCUUUGGAUAUGAUGGUUCAGUACAAGUAGAUAUUACAGUUUGUUCGUGCGUUCAAUCUCUAGGUAUGCUUUUUUAACAGUAUUGCAGCUGUUGUAGAACAGUUAAGGCAUCUGUAAAAGUUUUUGAAAUAUAUUGUAAAAUAAUAAAGGGUAAUAUAACUAAA